CUUUAAUUUAUGACGUCCGAAGUUUCUACGAAGCUUUCAGUAUGUCAUGCCGUUUUUUAUUGGAGCAAGGCGGAUGCUCUGCUUUUGCUAAUUAAGCAUUCAUUUUUUCAGCACACAGAACAACCAACCCCCAGCGCCGUGGUGAGCAAUCUUAGGUCAUACGUAUAACAGAAACAGCGCGAGUUCAGUGCCGAAGUUCUUGAUCGCCACGACCGCCUCUAUUUAGAAGCACCAGCUGAAUCUAUUUCAGCUUGCGGGGUAGCAGAGCCAAGGGAGGCGCAACUAGGACGAGCAAUUUUGCCUGGCCGAAAGUGCCUCUGGUAUUUCGCAUUUUGUUUGUCACGUGCUGUCAUUCCUCGGCAGUGACUUGCUGCAACUUGGAUUCAUUCCGAAGCAUGUCUGUGUGUCCUCUCGUCUCUUCAGAAGAUUCGCCGUUCCGGUUGAUGACAAAUGGAGCUCUAUUUCAAAGACCAAAAUUUACUCAGAUCGACUAACGAGCAGGGGCGCGCUCUUGCCGUGUCAGCACGAUCUGUGUACUGCCUAGCUUGCUUUCUCUCGCGGACCUGUCUCUGAGUGUCACCCUCUAGUACAACGAGGUGCAAUCCCUUUUGGAGGGCGACGCUGAGUGGUGUUCUUUUGAUUUACUUAGCGGCUCGACCACUAGACUCUGUACCACCACAACGGCGAGGGAAUGCGAAUGGUAUAAAGUGUUUGUACUGUGUCAACAGGCAGCAAAAAGCUAACGCGACCGCAAGGAGCUGCAACUUUUUACGCUCUCGCCUUUUGCGUGCAAGUUGAAGUAAGUGCCGCGCGCCACUCUUUCACCGUGAAUGCAUAGAGCGCAAUUACCUUAUCGCGCAAAGCAGAAAACCCACCCAAAUAACAGCGGCGCCACGAAGCUGAAGCAUGGCUCACCCGCAAGUCGUACUUUCAAGUCAUACCCGCCGCAGCCAUGGUCGACUAGUGCGGCGCAGAAAGGCGGCUUAUUUUGCUCGAGGGGAAUUGCGCACUACCUAUCGUUUGAGGAGGGGGAGGGGGACGAGUUGCCUAGUUCUAUUCAUUUCUACUUUGGCGACGGCGACAACUUUUCGAAUUAGGAGAAGAAUGAUUGAAUAAUUUUUAAAUAUCAGGCGCACUUCACGUUUCACCUUUAUGGAAAAUUUACGAACCGCUCCUGGAAGUUGCAUCAAAUUGAAAGUGAGAAGAGAGACCUAGCUGCAAUUGAUAUGUAGAAGUCAGAUGGUCCUCUGUUCUUGAUGAAGUAUCUGUAAAUAUUUCUGAGAAUUUGAUUUAAGCUUAUUGACCAUUUCGAAAGAUGUAUUCCUUGACUAGGUGAAGUGUCGACCUAGAUUUUGACGCUGCCGGAAAAUGAAUCGAGGAGAUAAAAAACCUCACUCAACUGCGCCAGUGUUGUCCCAUACCGAGCCGCGUAGAAGUGCACAGCCGAUCUGCCGAUCUUCAUUAAGAUAAGGGGCGGCUGGUGGUCGAUCACAACUUCAUCUACCGUCACUUCACCAAAACGUCAAAUCUGCGGGGUCUCAGCCCAGACCCACGCGCAUUCGUCGUUAACGAAAGUGCAAAGCUUCACCACUCGUUUUCUGACUUUAAAUUUGCUUUUCAAAAUGAGGACUAGGCAGAGCACCUUCUUGUUACACUACCCUUCACAAUAAAUGCAAAGACAAAAUUUGAAAUUAUCAGACGAGCAACCACAGCUGACAUCACAACCGUGUAAACCAAAAAUGAGUUUUUUACAGUCAAGUAGAGCAACAAAGUGCGUGGUUUCCCUUACGGUACGCGUACAACCAAAAUUAUCUAAGCGUGGAGGUUACCAAAUACGGUUGCAACAGCACGGGGACAAACGAUUUGGAUACAUAAACGAAAGCGAGCUGAAACCUGCGUACCCACGCUCAGAAAACUGUCUGAGCGUAAAAGUGUAGUGCGACACUGGCCGGCGGGAGACAGAGUAUCGCUAACCUCUUCCGUGGAGAAUCUGCACGGAGCACGCGACCACUGACUUUUACUACGCGACAGUUUGCGUAUUUAUGUUUUUGACAGAAGUGCCACUCCAAGUCCGACGAAUUUGAACUCGAAUUAUGUAACGACUACGACUAGCGACGAUGAGUCAUUAUUUAUUUGUAACAAGAACAACGAACAGCAACAAGCUCGAGCUCCUGUAGAACCAACUUCAGAUGAAAAAUAGCAGCCAAAUUCAACCUUUUACGACUUGCAGCUCUUCAGCUACGUCAGUUUCUGUACAAACCUGAAAUAAAAAAUGUUUGUGUUGGUCGAUCGGAUUCGUAGUUCAUGAAGACGGACAGAAAAGCAACUUUCUGACGAACUUCUUGUCCGCCGCGGUCUUUCGGCUGAGGUGCUAGUCGGGAAGAUUUCGAGCGACUCCAGCGACGGAGACGAUUCCUGUUUUCCAAGAAACGAGACUUUGUACCUUCUUACGCACGAACUUCUAUUAUGAU